AUGGUAGGUUUUAAUAUGGACGGUCCAGCCAGGGACAGGGUGAUGAAAUUAAUACAAGAAAAGGAUAGAAUAGAAAGCAUGAUUCGCGAUCAAAAUUUAAUUCUAGAAGCUAACAAUGUUGGAAUGCAGGAUUCUCUUGUAGACGCUGAUGGAUUUCCAAGGAAUGAUAUCGAUGUUUAUAAAGUGCGGCACGCGCGGCAUCAAAUUAUAUGCUUACAAAAUGACCACAAGAAAAUUAUGAAAGAAAUCGAAAAAGGUCUUGGUGAGGUUCACGCUGAUUUCCUGGGGAGUAGCGGUGCUUCUUCAAGUACACCACACCAACCAACAUACACUAAUGGUUUGUCAAGUACCAAUGGAACUCAUAGUCAUAGUCAAUCCUUUGCCAAAGUCGGCCCUGUACAGGAAGGAUCACCGGCAGAUCUCGCUGGUCUUUGUGAAGAUGACGAGCUGCUUCAAUUUGGUUCAGUGAAUCACAGUAACUUCACCGACAUCACACAGAUCCACAGUAUAGUGGUACAUUCUGUUGGACAAGCAAUACAAGUUAGAGUGCAGAGACAACAUAAUGUAGUCAACUUGAAUGUAGUGCCACGACCUUGGGGCCGACCUGGGCUGCUGGGGUGUCAGAUACAACGACUAUCAUAA